UAAGUCAAUGACAAUAACAAUGUAUUGAUUGAACUGUUUGUUUGUUUUAUUGUGUUGUUUACCGCCGCAGCCGCUGACCGGCCACUAUCGGUUGGUGGCCACAGUACCGCAGAGAGACAGAGAGAGAGUGACCACCAAUUCAUCUCAACACACACAAUGGGCAACGCACUGGUCGGUACCGUAUCGCAGGCCAUACACCCGAUCGAUCACUAUCUGGCCGAUGUACCCGAAUUUCAAUACCAAUCGUCGCUCGGGUCGACCCGAUUUCUUAAAGUGGCCAAAUGUGGCCACUACGAAGGCGAUUGUGUAGUAAAAGUAUUGGCCGUCGACGAUCCGUCGCUGCCGUUGGCCGCUCACAAGCAGCGCAUCGAACACUUGUCGACGUUGACCGCCCGUAACGUAUCGGUGGCCGCCUUUCAUCGGGCCGUUAUUUGUCCGUCGUUUGCCUACAUUGCCCGCCAGUAUGUACGCUAUUCGCUAUACGAUCGCCUAUCGACUCGACCGUUUCUGACCGCCGGCGAAAAGUCAUGGCUAGCCUAUCAGUUGGUCAAAUGUUUGGAUUGGCUUCACGGACACGGCAUCAGACACGGCGAUAUCAAACUCGAGAACAUACUUAUUACGUCCAGUCUGUGGCUAGUGAUUACCGAUUUGGCCACUUAUAAACCCGUACUGUUGCCCGACGACAAUCCGUCGGACUUUUCCUAUUUUUUCGACACAUCGCGUCGCCGCUGCUGUAAUAUAGCGCCCGAACGGUUUGUCAGCGACAGUUCGGGUCUACAAUCGGCGACAGCGGACUAUACGAUGACUGGACCCAUUGGAUCGGCUGCUGCCGCCGCCGCCGGCGCCAAUAGUCAGCUGCUGCUGACACCGUCGUCACCGCAACCACCGAAAGAGCCCCAAUUGACGCCCGAAAUGGAUAUGUUCAGUAUCGGCUGUGUACUGGCCGAACUGUUUUCCGAUGACGCACCCAACGGUAAUCUAUUUGAUUUGGCCGAACUGUUAGCCUUUCGUGUCGAUCAAUACUAUCCGACGAAAGCAUUGGACAGUAUAUCCAACGAAACCAUACGUGAAUUGGUAAAAAAUUUGAUCAGUCUUCAGCCAACCGAACGUAAACUUAGUGGCCAAAUAUUGGCCGAACUUAGCGGAUCAUUGUUUCCCGGCUAUAUGAGCACACUGUACGACUAUUUGCAACAAUUGGUCAGAUUGCCGCCCGAUGCCAAAGUAAUACGAUUGUCGCGCGAUUUGGAUCAACUAUUGUCGCUAAUACUGUCACAAGAACCGCACGGUCUGCUACUGGUUCUGGUAGUGAUUACGUCGACAAUGCGGGCACUCAAACAUAUACAUUGCAAACUACUAGCCCAACGAUUGGCCUGCAAGAUAGCAGCGGCAUCGCCGAUAAUGUCGGCCUAUAUUACCGACCGAUUGUUACCCUAUUUGUUGCAUUCGUUGACGGAUAGCGAUCCGCGAGUCCGGGCCGAAGCCGUCUACUCGAUAACCAUUACCUUAGAACAGGUGGACGAUUUGCCGGCCAGCGAUAACAACGUAUUUACCGAUUAUAUUCUUCCAGUUUUGUGUCAAGUAGUGUCCGAUCAGUCGGCAUUCGUUAGGCUAACACUGGCCGCCAAUAUUAGUCGACUGUCGAAAGUAUCGCUAAAUUUUUUAUCCCAAUCGUGCGACCAAAACUACGACGAAGAGCUAACCUUAUUGCACAAUUCGUUUCAAUUGAUUGUCACCCAAUUGCUUACCGACGGUAACAAUUGUGUCCGUCGGACACUAUUGCUAACGCCGUACAGUUGUGCCAAUUUGUGUGUCUUUUUCGGACGACAAAAGACCAACGAUCUGAUCCUAAGUCAUAUCAUAACCUUUCUGAACGACAAAAACGACUUCCAACUUCGGGCCUCAUUUUUCGACAACAUAAUAGUCAUAGCAUCCUAUCUCGGCUCAGAUCAGUGCUCAAAGAUAUUGCAGCCACUACUCCAACAGGGACUAAGCGAUGCCGAAGAGAUUAUCAUCUAUAAGAUAAUAACAUCGAUGACAUCGCUCAUUGAACAAGGAUUGCUUAAAAAGUCCAUAAUCUAUGAAUUGCUUCGCGAAGCCGUACCGCUAUUGUCUCAUCCAAACCUAUGGAUCAAUCAAUCGAUGAUAUCAUUGAUUUUGACUCUGUGUUCUCGGCUAUCGUUAGCCGAUAUUAGCUGCAAAAUCAAGCCGUUAGUCGAUCCCAAUCUUCAACGACAGAUACAUUCGCUGAAAAAUGGUCGCCUCCUUAAAGACUCACUCUAUCCGUUACUGCCGCGCAGUGUCUACGAUCUGAUUGUUGGCCAAUCAAAGCUCAAUAUUGACCGAUUUUUCGAGUGUCUAAUUCAAAGGAAAUACUUGCGUCAAGUGGUCAGACAUCAUCAGCAGUCGGUAAUUGUUUUGGAGGAUGCACUGUACACCCGGCUCACUCACGAAGGUAUUAACGAACAAAUAUAUAAUUACUAAAAAUUACCUAAUAGUAUACUAUUUACAUA